AUGUCCGAAGUCGCAUCAAGGUCGUCCGCCACGCGUGGCAGAGGCUCUGGCCGAGGCGGUAGAGGAGGUUUCGCCGGUCGAGGCGGCCGCUCCAGAACCAACGGCGACAAGUCAGACCAUAAGGACGAAAACCUCGGUGCAUUCGAAGACGAAGGCGAGUUCGCUGAGCUCCGCAAGAAGUAUGGCGAUAAAACAUCUGUCAUCCGCGAGAUGUUCCCCGAUUGGUCCGAGGCCGAUGUUCUUUUUGCCCUCCAAGAAACAAAUGGUGACGAGAACGAAGCUGUCGCACGCAUUGCUGAAGGCAACAUCUCCCAGUGGGGCGAGGUCUCAAAGCCCAAGAAGACUGCCCGCACAAAGGCGAAGGACACGACGACCGCCCCUGCCAGCGAGUCGGCUACGUCGACCUCUCGAUCUGCCCGUGGCGGACGGGCCGUUUCUGAGGGCGGCCGUGGUCGAGGACGAGGUUCUGAUAGAGGUGCUCGUGGUGGCGCCGGCCGUGGCCGCUCAUUCCAGCCCAGCACCAAUGGCACUCGUAACAAGGAAAAUCAGCAGCUCUCAGUCCCGACUGAGGAAUCCUCUGCCUGGGAUAAUGCCAAAUCGAAAGACGACAAGCCUGAGCUCAAGAGUACUGUUGCCGAUAAGUCCGCUCCUGUCGAACCUGCUAAGCCAGCAGCUCCCGCAGCCAAGACAUGGGCUAGCAUGCUGCGCCAGUCGACCGCUCCCAAGCCUGCGCCUGUUGCUCCCAAGGAAGUUCCUGCACCGAAGCCUGCUGAUCUUGAAGCUCAGCUUGUAUCCGAGCCCGCCCCAGCCGAACCCGAAAUCAUUGAGCCUCUAGAAGAAGAGACUACCCCUGUGCCUCAAAGCGCUGUCCCCGUCCAGGCCCCCGUUACUACUUCUGAACCUGAAACUGCUCUGCCCCCAACCAAGGACGAGCUUACCGAGACAAAUCUUGAACAGGUUGUUGAUGCCUCUAAUCCACCUGCAACUGACACAGCUGCUAGCACCGCUGCUGACUCUUGGGACCCGCGACAGAGCCCCGUUAGUGCUUCCGCUACACCCAUCUCGGCUGCUCACCAGCAGCAUCAGGCUCAGCGAACUUCUGCAAGCGGAUAUGCUGCGUCUGCGAUCAAGGCAACUACUGAACGAUCUUCCCGUGGCCCUAGCUUUCAACGACGAGUUUUGGAUCAGGAAGAGGCUGUUCGUAUGCCAGGUAACCGCGAGGUGGAUCGAGCUGCUGUUAAGUUCGGGGCUUUCAGCCUGAAUGACGGUGACGAGGACGUUGAUGGCGAGCGUGAGGAACCAGAGACUCGUGCCCAGCCCCCGGCCGACUCUCCUGUCGCUCAUCCUCGUGCCUCUCUUCCUCCUGUGUCUCAGCCUGUCGCUGUUCCGGAAUCACUCUCUCAGAAGACUGCUGGUGCAGUACCCUCGGCCGUCACCGGAGCUGUUCCCACAGCUCCUGCUGCUGCUCAGGCUUCUGCUGCUGCUGCUGCAACUCAACAGUACGGUCGAUUUGGACCUCCCGACACUGCUACUGCUGCUGCUACACAAAAGCCUCUCGAUCCGUUCAACGCCGCCCAGCCUACUCCCUCCUCUCAACCCCAGUUCGACAGCUUUGCCGCUCAGACUACACAGCCUCAAGCUCAGCAGCCUGGUGUAGCUUUUACCUCUGCCCCAUCCGACUACUCCAACUAUUAUACUGCCAGUCAGCAGGAACGAAACCCUUACAAUGUUUACGGACAGCAGUACGGCGCUCAGCAAGCCGCCCAUGGCCAGCACGACGGUGUUUCCCAACAGCGUCCUUUUGCCGGCUACAAUGUUGCCGAUAACCUUAGCCAAUACCCGCAGAGCGGCUCUCUGCACAAUCAACCUCGAUUUGGCGGUUCUAAUGACAGCCAAAACAGCGGCCACUCAACUCCCAAUCCCGCAGCUCAGGCUCAGCAGCAAGGCCAGCAGGCUCAACAGGCUCAGCAAGCCCAGCAGUCCCAGCAGCCUCAGCAAGGGGCACCUGGCUCUCAGCCUCAGUCUCAUGGGCAGUACCCCGGAUACAAUCAUCCUUACUAUAGCAACCCUUACUAUCAUCAGUACUACUCCGGCUACGGACAGGGCGGUUUUGGUCCUUAUGGCGGCAAGGGCGGAAUGUAUGGCCAACCUUAUGGAAUGUCUCCCAAUGCGCCAUAUGACCAUGCUUCGUCUCCUAGCACUUUUGGCGGCCCAUCCUCACUUCACCGAGAUAGCAGCCUUGGCUCUGGCCUCGGCGAGUACGGCCGCGCUGCAUCUGGCCAGGCGGGUAGCCAGCCUGGUUUGGGUGGCAGCAGCUUUGGCGGUGCCCACGACAGCUUUGCUCGUGGCGCCUCCUCUUUCCAAUCUCAGAACCAGUCUUUCAACAGCCAGAACCAGCCCCCAGCCUCGGGCUCCGCUGACGACUUGAAGCCUUUCGGUGAUAGCAAAACGGCCGCCUCCGGUCCCUCUCCCUCUCUUGGCGGCGGACCUCGUCCCGGAUCUGCUACCAACAAUGCCCCGAGUGGCCAGAGCGGCCUCCCUCCUCCUCAGAAUUCCCAGAUGGGCGGAGCCUAUGGCGGGUGGCCACGCCACCUGCCCGGAGCAAGGCCAGCAGGCUCAACAGGCUCAGCAAGCCCAGCAGUCCCAGCAGCCUCAGCAAGGGGCACCUGGCUCUCAGCCUCAGUCUCAUGGGCAUACUACUCCGGCUACGGACAGGGCGGUUUUGGUCCUUAUGGCGGCAAGGGCGGAAUGUAUGGCCAACCUUAUGGAAUGUCUCCCAAUGCGCCAUAUGACCAUGCUUCGUCUCCUAGCACUUUUGGCGGCCCAUCCUCACUUCACCGAGAUAGCAGCCUUGGCUCUGGCCUCGGCGAGUACGGCCGCGCUGCAUCUGGCCAGGCGGGUAGCCAGCCUGGUUUGGGUGGCAGCAGCUUUGGCGGUGCCCACGACAGCUUUGCUCGUGGCGCCUCCUCUUUCCAAUCUCAGAACCAGUCUUUCAACAGCCAGAACCAGCCCCCAGCCUCGGGCUCCGCUGACGACUUGAAGCCUUUCGGUGAUAGCAAAACGGCCGCCUCCGGUCCCUCUCCCUCUCUUGGCGGCGGACCUCGUCCCGGAUCUGCUACCAACAAUGCCCCGAGUGGCCAGAGCGGCCUCCCUCCUCCUCAGAAUUCCCAGAUGGGCGGAGCCUAUGGCGGUUAUCCCAGCCACUUGCAGGGACACAAUCUUCAUGGUAGUGCCUACGGAAUGGGCGCCGGCGCGGGAGCCAGCCAACAUGGCAACACUCCCUACGGCUCUUACGGACAGGGCUUCGGCAGCGGUGGAUAUUACGGAGGUGGCCAGCAGCAGCGUGGCGGCUGGGGCGGAAACUACCAUUAG